UUAAUACGUGCGUCCUGCGUCAUCGUUCGGACGUAACGCGUUACCAUGGUUCCCCAGCAUUCGCUUUCUGGAUCUGGGCGGUAUUGUUUCCGAAUCCUAAAUGGCUCUCUGGUACACUAACAAGUGCACUUACACAUAGCAUACGGAACAGUGACUGAUGCACCCUAGGUAGUGUGCAUUAAAGAUAGUCUGCAUUUGGGAGGCGGCCCCCGUGUUGUUUUGGCCAGGUCUCGGAGCUGCGGGAGGCGGAUGUCCGAGCCGGCGGCGCUGAAGGUGUCCCGGUCCGACGCCGAGCUGAGCCGCUGCUGGAGACAUUGGAAAGUAAAAAUCACUAAGGGAAAACGGGAGUGGGAGUGUUGGGGGUCAUGGCGGAGGACAGUGAGUGGGUCGUGGAGAGCAUCGCCGGGUAUCUGGGCAGUCCUGAGUGGCUCAUCCCGCUCACUGAUUUCAUGGAGAACAAAUGUACAGUGUUUGACGACGAAGAGGAAAAUAAAUUAUCAUACACAGAAAUCCAUCAGCAAUACAAACAACUGGUAGAGAAGUUGUUAGAAAACUACAUGCAGGAAGUAGGUAUCAGUGAACAGCAGUUUCUGGCUGCCUGCUCGUCUCCUUUUGCCAAGUCCAAAUCCUUGCAGGCUCUCUUCCAGCCAGUGCUGGCCACAAAUGACUUUCAGAUGUUUCGCUCGCUGAUGGUGCAGAAGAACGUGGAGCUGCAGCUUCAGGCCCUGCGUGUCAUUAAGGAGAGGAAAGGAGCGCUGCCUGACUGCUUAACCGACGGUACGGAUGUGAUGAGUGAACUCGAGCAGCAGGAGAUGCAGAUCCUCCAGGAGGUUCUCAAGCGCUCGAAGGAGGAGUAUGAGGAGGAGCUGGCUCGCAGAGAGCACUUGGGCCAGAAGGUCGCUUCCACGUCCACCACGCUCCGUGAAGAACCGGUGAGGAACGGGAGCGAACCUCAGGCCAAAGCCCACACGCACGCUCAGCCAAUCAUCAGCCCCAGCAAGAAAGUGGGGGAAACUGUGAUUUCUGAGAGAAGUUCAGCCAGUAUAUCUCCUAAAGCUCCUGACUAUUGUAGCACAGAGACAAAGACACUACCAGCAGUCCGAGCACCGGUUAAGGGUCCUGCGCUGACGCUGGUGUCCCGGGAAAAAAGUGCCAACCAGGCAGCCGAGAGCUGGUUGGAAGAGGCGCGGAAGGAAGCUGGAAUCUCCGAACCUUUCCAAGAACUGACUAUAGCGCAGCAGGAACAGCUUCAGCAGAGAGCCGAGUAUCUGAGACAGCAGAGGGACAAAUUGCAGGCGCUGAAGAAAGGGCAGAAAGCGAAAUCCGCGGCCGCAGAGGAAACCCAGUUGCCCCCACCUGCCCCCACGCCCCCAACACCGGUAAAAUUCAAUGAGCGCCUUGAAACGGCUCGGCGGCUCGGCUAGCGCAAACACGUCGCCGCCUCAGAAGGAAAUCUCAGUGGAGGAGAAGAAGAAGCUGCAGAAGAGAAAACACCUGGCUGAGAAACUGAAAGAGGAAGUCAUCAAAAAGUAACGAAGAUCACUCAAGCUCCUGAAGAAGACUGAAAUGAACACGAGACCAACUCAAGAUCUGUUGUUUCCCCCAUGAUUGCAAUACGGUAUAAACGCAUCGAGAUGUAUCUUCUGUAAUAAACCCAGUUUUGUA